UGUAUCAGCAACAUGUCUACGGAAUUGGUAGUGGCCCUUAUGCUCUUUGGAUUCCUGCAGGUAGCAUUCAGCCAGGACAAUGCGACUGCUCCCCCAACCGACUAUUGUCAGAGUGGUUUGUGCCCCUCUCUGAAAAAACACGUUGCCUGCAAGAACAAAGGAGAGUUGGGCAAACAGUGUUCCCCCGACGCCCACUUGGUCAAUCUCACUGGCCUGCAGGACCUGAUCCUAGGUGAACACAAUGCAUUACGAAAUGUCCUUGCUGCUGGGAAAAUCAGCAAUUUACCUAAGCCCGAUCGCAUGGCCACACUGCAGUGGCAUUCAGAACUGGCCGAUCUAGCCACACUGAAUGUGAAGCAGUGUGUUCUGCAGCACGAUUCUUGCCACAACACUCCAGAUUUCCGUAACUCUGGUCAGAACUUGGCUUUGGUCAACAUAACCCUGCUACCUGAGGACGGAAAUCACACAGAUGAGUGCCUUGUUAAGGAGUCUAUUAGCGGCUGGUGGAAUCAGAGUAUCAAUAUAACAAAGGAGCAAUUGCAUCGUUUUCCCAAAGGAAAACUGGGAGAUUCCAUUCGCAAUUUUGCCGUCAUGGCCCGUGACAACAACACCUUUGUGGGAUGUGCCGCCUUGAGAUUCGAGAAGCCCGCAGGACAUCCGCUAUUCCUGUUGGCCUGCAAUUAUGCCAGCAAUUAUGUUCCCGACUGGCCCAUCUACAAGGAGAAAGCCAUUGGCUGUCAGUCCGGUUCCGACCUCAAAUAUCCAUCGCUUUGCAAGGCUGGUGAGGAAUUCCAGGAUCUUCCCGGGCAGCAGGGCACCAAGGGGAAGAGAUUUUGGGCGAUGUAGGAGUGCCAAAAAUAACGCCUAGCUGAAGGGUUGGAGUGGGUGGCAGGCGCACUUACAGUCUAUUUAACAUGUUGAUUUGUGUCGCAGUGCGUGGCGGUCAUAUAUCAUCUCACAGCCGCAUUAGCAUUAGCAUAGACACCUGGAGAGGCAGUGAUGCCGAAAUCUAGCUAUAUACAUAUAU